AUGACGGAGGAGAAGUUAGAUACGAAUUCGUUCCGAUUCUUCGGGCUUGGGGGCAGCAAUGAGGUUGGACGCUCAUGCCAUAUAUUGCAGUAUAAGGGCAAGACGGUCAUGCUGGAUGCCGGUGUGCAUCCCGCCCACCAGGGUAUCGCGUCGCUGCCUUUUUACGAUGAGUUCGACCUGUCGCAGGUGGAGGUGCUGUUGAUCUCGCACUUCCACCUAGACCACGCUGCGUCACUUCCAUACGUUAUGCAAAGAACGAAUUUCCAGGGUCGCGUGUUCAUGACACAUCCCACGAAGGCCAUCUACCGCUGGUUACUGAGCGACUUCGUGAAGGUCACCAACAUUGGCAACGACAACGCUGGGGGUGUAAGCGAUGAGAACUUGUACACAGACGAAGAUCUUGCUGAAUCAUUUGACAGAAUUGAGACUGUUGACUAUCAUUCUACAAUUGAUGUCAACGGUAUAAAAUUUACUGCAUACCACGCCGGACACGUUCUUGGUGCUGCUAUGUUCCAGGUUGAAAUAGCAGGGCUAAGGAUACUGUUUACCGGCGACUAUUCGAGAGAAUUAGAUCGGCACCUGAACAGCGCAGAAAUCCCCACAUUGCCAUCAGACAUACUUAUUGUCGAAUCAACUUUUGGAACCGCAACACACGAGCCUCGUACAAGUAAAGAAAAGAAGCUUACACAAUUGAUACAUACAACAGUCUCAAAGGGAGGCCGUGUGUUAUUGCCAGUAUUUGCGCUUGGGAGGGCACAGGAGAUUAUGCUAAUUCUCGAUGAGUAUUGGUCGCAGCACGCGGAACAGCUUGGCAACGGUCAAGUUCCAAUUUUCUACGCCUCAAACUUAGCUCGGAAGUGUAUGUCUGUCUUCCAAACCUAUGUCAAUAUGAUGAACGACAAGAUCCGCAAAAAGUUCAGAGACUCGCAGACAAAUCCUUUUAUCUUUAAAAACAUAUCAUACUUGAAAAAUCUUGACGAAUUCCAGGACUUUGGGCCCAGUGUAAUGCUGGCUUCGCCAGGUAUGUUGCAGAACGGUCUGUCAAGGGAUUUACUUGAGAAAUGGUGCCCAGAUGAAAAGAACUUGGUUCUAAUUACAGGGUAUUCUGUUGAAGGUACCAUGGCAAAAUUUUUGAUGCUAGAGCCCGAGACAAUACCCUCCAUAAACAAUUCGGAUGUAUCCAUUCCACGUCGCUGUCAAGUUGAAGAAAUAUCGUUUGCUGCUCAUGUUGACUUUAGGGAAAACCUUGAAUUUGUCGAGAAAAUUGGGGCCCCAAAUAUUAUCCUUGUGCAUGGAGAGUCCAAUCCUAUGGGUCGUCUGAAGUCUGCAUUAUUGUCCAACUUUAGCUCUUUGAAGGGCACUGAAGAUGAAGUCCGUGUAUAUAACCCCAGGAACUGUGUCGCUGUUGAUCUAGAGUUUAAAGGUGUCAAAAUAGCUAAAGCAGUUGGUAAUAUUGUCGAUGAGAUGCUACCUGUAGUUGAUGAGGAUAAAGAGAGGCCAUACAAUGAUCCGGAGGAUGCUACCUCCGAGGAACAGCCUAAGGAAGAACCACAAGAUGCAGAUAAACUCCCGGAGGAACGGGAGCAGCCGGAGGUGGAAGAAGAACGAGUCAUAUCGGGGAUAUUGGUAUCGGACGAAAAGAACUUCGAUUUAAACUUGGUUUCCCUUUCUGAUUUGCGCGAGCACCAUACAGACUUAUCUACUACCGUUUUGAAGGAGCGCCAGACAGUCCACGUGGACUGUAGAAACGAGCUAAUAUUCUGGCACCUGUGCCAGAUGUUUGGCGAUAUCGAAGUGCUAGUUGAUGAAGAGGGUGCGACGCUAACAAAAGUUGAAGAAGACGAAAAGAAUACAAAGCCUGGUCAACUCGUCGUCCGUGUUAUGGGCGAUAUCAAGUUAUCAGUCGUUGAUCAUGUCGCUACUCUUGAGUGGACGCAGAAUGUCAUAAGCGAUGCAGUGGCUGAUAGCAUCGUUGCUAUUCUGCUGAGUGUCGAUUCUUCACCAGCGAGUGUUAAACGCAGCAGCCACAGCUGCAAUUCGAACGAUCAUCCGGGGGAGUCCGAAACUCUUUGGAAGAUCAAACAAAUUGCCAAGCUUUUUAAUGAGCAGUUUGGUGACAGUUUUACUUUGCUUCUGGAUAAGGAGAGUGAACAUUCUGAUAACGAGAACAUAAAGGGCUCGGUGACGAUUGGCAAAAACUACGCUACUGUCAACUUUUCGAAGAUGGCAGUAGAGGACUGUAAUUCAAACCCACUGAAGGGGAGGAUCGAAAGUAUUCUAGGGAUAGGGGCUGAUCUUGUCGCCCCCUUGUGUUAA